AUGUAAUUUUGUGAAUUCAAAGAAUUUACUUAUAUAUUAGCAAAUUUUGAUAAAAUCUCAAACCUAAAUCAAAAGUUCAUAUUUAAAAAUUCAAUUUUCGAGCAAAAUAUAUAUCUUUUAUCAACGAAAUUAAUUUUUUAAAAUAAAUGGAAUCACUAAUCUUCAAAUCUAAUAAUCUAACAAUUGUCAUUAUUGAACAAUCAUAUCUCUUAGGUUUCAAAUGAUUUAAAUCUAAAUAGUUUGGACACUUAAUUAUUAUAUAUAUAUACGGAUAAUUUAAAUAUUGAAGGGCUUGUUAUUGAAAGGGGUUAUGGUUUUAUUGAGGUCUGUAUAACUAAUGCUUAAAAUUUAAUCUUAAUUAACAGCAAAAUAACUUAAGGUGAACAAUUUUAAUUUAAAGGAUUGCACUAAUAUUUUGAUUGGUAAUUGUCAAAAGUAAAAAGUAAUUACUACUUAACUUCGCUUUUCUUCCUAUCUAUUCUCAAUAUAGAGAUUGAUGGAUUAAUUAUAAUUUAAUCAUAAUCAUAUAAUUAUCCUCUAUUAUAUUAUAGAUCUUAAGAUAAAGAGAAAAAGUAAAGAUUUGAAAGGAUUCAAAUUUCAAACUUAUUUAUUGAUUAAAAUAUGCUGCUAAUAACUAAAUUAUAAUAAGUUGCUGCUAUUAUUUCUAUUGAAUCAACUCAAGAGACGCUUAUAAAAUUUGAAAAUUGUAAAUUUUAUGGUAAUAUCCUUCAUGAAUAUUUAUAAGAUACUCUAUUGACCUCAGCUUUACUUUUAAAUAUAAAUAGCUAUUUAGGAACAGUUGUAAUUAAUAAUUCUAUCUUUAAUAACAAUUUAGUUUUGAAUAGCACAUAAUAUAAUUUAUAUUAGAAGUCUAAAUUUAAAAAUGUCUCAUAAUUUAUUUUAAUAUAAUAGCAUUUUCGAUUAUUAACUUAUUAAAUAGCAAAUCUUAUGGGGAAAAAAUCUAAAAUCAGAAACAGUAUAUAUUGA